AUGGCUACCGUCGCUCCACCUGCUGAUCAAGCUUCAGAUCUGUUGCAGAAACUUUCCUUGGAUUCACAGGCCAAAGCUUCAGAGAUUCCUGAGCCAAACAAGAAGACUGCUGUUUACCAGUAUGGAGGUAUGGAUGUUCAUGGUCAAGUUACUUCCUAUGACCGAUCCUUGACACCGAUGCUUCCCAGUGAUGCCGUCGACCCUUCAGUUUGCUAUGUUCCGAACACCUACCAGCCCUAUUAUUAUGGAUAUGGGAGUGGUGACUGGAGCGAAUACACAGCCUACCAAAACCCUGAAGGUGUUGACAUGACUUCGGGAGUCUAUGGAGAUAAUGGAUCUCUUGUGUAUCCUCAGGGUUACGGGUAUGCAGCAUAUCCUUACUCGCCAGCCACAAGCCCAGCUCCACAGGUUGGAGGAGAUGGGCAGUUGUAUGGCGCUCAGCAGUACCAGUAUCCUGCCUAUUUCCCGCCCACGACAAGCAGUGGACCCUUUGCAACAUCUGUUGCUGCGCAGGGUGAUCUCUCUGCUAACAAAGCUGGAGGUGUGAAGACGAUACCUGCGGAAAGCAAUAAUGUUGCUUCUGCUACUGGUAUGGCGAAAGGAAGCAAUGGAUCUGCUCCCGUGAAACCAAUUAACCAGAGCACACUUAACACCUCAAGCAACUUGUAUGGGAAUGGUGCUCCAGGAGGAGGUUACGCGGCUGCUGGUUACCAUCAGGAUCCGAGAUACAGCUAUGAUGGGUAUUAUGGUCCUGUGUCGUGUUACGAUGGCUCCAAGUUUUCAGAUGUGCAGAGACCUGUAUCUGGCAGUGGAGUUGCACCCUCCUAUUCCAAGGCAAACAGUGCACCUUCAUCGAGGAAUCAAAACUACCGCUCAAAUUCCCAUUACUCGGGUAUGCACCAGCCUGCAUCAAUGACUGGCUACGGUACAUCUCAGGGAUUCUACAACAGAAUCUACCCAAGCAAGUUAUAUGGUCAGUAUGGUAGCUCCGGGAGAUCUGGAAUGGGUUAUGGCUCUUCUGGGUAUGAUUCAAGAACAAAUGGAAGAGGAGGAUGGUCGAACACAACAGACAGCAAAUACAGAAGCUGGGGAAGGGGUAACAAUUACUUUUACGGAAACGAGAACAACGUGGAUGGUCUGAAUGAACUUAACAGGGGACCUAGAGCAAAGGGCACAAAGAACCAGAAGGGAAAUUCAGAAGACAGCGUAGAGGUGAAGGAGCAGACUGUCGAGUCAAACGUAACCGAGGCUGUGGAGACGGAGAACGCAUGUGUUGUUCCUGACAGAGAGCAGUACAACAAAGAAGAUUUCCCAGUGGAAUAUGCAAAUGCUAUGUUCUUUAUCAUCAAGUCGUACAGCGAAGAUGAUGUGCACAAGAGCAUCAAGUAUAAUGUUUGGGCUAGCACACCAAAUGGAAACAAGAAGCUUGCUGCAGCGUACCAGGAAGCUCAGCAGAAACCUGGCGGCUGUCCUAUCUUUCUCUUUUUCUCGGUCAAUGCAAGUGGACAAUUUGUUGGGCUUGCUGAAAUGACAGGACCUGUUGAUUUCAACACAAAUUGUGAGUACUGGCAGCAAGACAAGUGGACUGGCUCUUUCCCUCUCAAGUGGCAUGUUGUGAAGGAUGUUCCAAACAGUUUGCUGAAACAUAUCACUCUUGAGAAUAAUGAGAACAAACCUGUUACCAACAGUAGAGACACACAAGAGGUCAAGCUGGAGCAAGGUUUGAAGAUUGUGAAGAUUUUCAAGGAGCACAGCAGCAAGACUUGCAUUUUGGAUGACUUUUCCUUCUAUGAGGUUCGCCAAAAGACUAUUUUGGAGAAGAAAGCCAAGCAACAGCAGACCCAGAAACAGGUAACUGAGGAGAAGACUACAGCAGAAGAAAAGAAGGAAUCCGCAACUGCUGAUUCGGCUAACAAGGAAUCUGCUCCAGCUGUUGAAACUACUAGUGAUGUCAAGGUCGCUGAGAAUGCGUCUGUUGCUAACAAACCAGUUGGUGUGGUGGCAAAUGGUUGCUAG